AUGGCAGAGCCACACUCUGAGGAAGACCAUGGGGACCCAGGCAAGAAGAUCACAUGGAAACAGCCUCAGCUCCUGAGCAACAUGGAGCCAAGACAUGGAGAUAACUUGCCCAGUAGCCACCUGAUGUUACAUGGAGAUGGUGACAUGGGCAGGGAACAAGUACCCUCUCUAUCCACGGCACAGUGCACAGUGGCAACAAGCCAACAGCCUUCUCUUACUAGUCCCAGGCACAAACCUCCAUCACUUGGAUCCACUACAGCCCCCCCUGACUCAGGCCAGCAGCCUAUGCCUACAGUGAAAGCUAACCAGAACCCUCUUGUUAUGAGACCCAUUCAGCACCAUCCUGAUGAGCCAUGGGGCCCUACAGUGAGAUCCAUUCAGAACCCUUCAGGUUCAGACCAACAGCAUUCUUCUUCAGCAAGAUCCCUUCAGAACUCUCCUGCCCUAGACCAACAACAUUCUUCUUCAGAGAGAUCCAUUCAGAACCCUCCAGAUUCAGACCAACAACAUUCUUCUUCAGAGAGAUCCAUUCAGAACCCUGCUUCAGAGCCACAGCAUGCUUCUUCAGUGAGAUCUGUUCAGAACUCUCCUGCUGUGGGACCUAAUCAGCACCCUCAUUCCUCUGCACUCCACAAGAACAACUCAGCCAGUGAGAAGAUCCUUCCUGAAUUAGGGGACACUGCUCAGCAAGCCAUGGCCCCAGGACCUCCUCAGCAUGGAGCAUGUAGGCAACCUCUAAACGUGGGAGACAACCAGCCUCUCACCUAUAGAAGCAGCCAGCUUGCUGCCCCUGUACCUACUCAGCAUUUUACUCAAAGACUCAGCCAGCCUGCUGCCCCCAGGGUUAGACAAUCAUUAGCCCUAGCAAUUAAUCAGCCUUAUAUCCAGCCACAUGGCAAUUUACCCCUCAAAGGAGCAAAGCAGCUUCCAGCCCCUGCCCCAGAACUAAAUCCGGUUCCCUCCUCUGAGAAUAUCCAGGUUUCUGCUCCUGCCCCUCAGAAUAGCAAAUCUCUGGCUUUAGGACCUACCCAAUCUUUUGCCUUACAUCAGAGUCAGCCACCAGCCUAUGGAAUUAACCAACAUGUUGCACCCAGAUCUAUUGGAUACAACCAGCCUUUAACCCAAGGAUACAACCAGUCUCCUGCCCAAGUAUCUGGGCAGACUAAUGUCCAAGGACUCAGUAAAUCUGCCCAGGGACUUGACAAAUCUCCUGUCCAAGAACCUAGUCAGCCUUCUUUCAAAGGACUCAGUCAGUCCCCUGCCCUGUUACCCAGUCACCCUUCUGCCCAAGGACUUAACCAGUCUUCUCCCCAAGGACUCAGCCAGCCUCCUUCCCAAGUACCAAGUCAUUCACCUGUCCAAGUACCCACACAGUCUUUUGUUCCAGUACCCAACCAGUCUCCUACCCAAGUACCCAACCAGUCUCCUACCCAAGUACUCACCCAGUCUCCUACCCAAGUACCCAACCAGUCUCCUACCCAAGUGCCUAGCCAGUCUCCUGCCCAAGUAUCCAUUCAGUUUUCUACCCAAGGACUCAACCAACCUCCUGUCCACAUCCCCAGAAAGUCUUCUGCCCAAGGACUUAACCAAAAUUCUGCCCCUUUAUCCAGCCUACCUUCCGUCCAAAUACCCCGCCGACCCUAUGCCUCUGUUUAUGGACUCAACCAGCCUUCUACACAGUUAUACUGCCAUCCUUCUGCCCAUGUUCCCAGUCAGUCCCAUGUUGAAGGCUCCACUCCGUUUUGUGCUCAAGGACCUAGUCAGUCUUCUGCUCAGGCGUUGAUCCAGUCUCCUGUGCAAGUGCUCAACCAGCCUCCUGGUCAAGGUCUGAACCAGUAUCCUCCUCAAGGACCAAUCAAUUGUGGUUUGGAAGACCACAGUCAAUUUCCUAUCCAAGGUGCCAGCCAGUCAACUUCCUCAUGUGUUAUCAAGUCUCCUGCUCAAGUAGCCAAUCAGCCCACUAUCCAUGACCACAGACAGUCUCCUGCUCAAGUGCCCAGUCAAGCUCCUGCUCAAGUGCCCAGUCAAUCUCCUACUCAAGUGCCCAGUCAAUCUCCUGUAGUGCCCAGCCAGUCUUCUACUCUAGUACCCAGUCAGUCUGCUGCUAAAGGCCUCAGACAAUCUCCUUCUCAAGGUUCCUGCCAUUUUCCUACCCAAGGAUUCAACCAAUCUCCUGCCCAGGAACCAAGUCAGUCUCCUGCUCAAGUACCCAGCCAAACAGAGGCACAGGAAUUGAGUUCCCUUAUUCCAAAAUUAGAGGGUUCCGAACAGACUGUCAACGAGGACCCAGGAAAUUUCAUGCAGCGCCAGUUUGGGGCCCUCCUGCAGCCAGCAGUCAACAAGUUCUCCUUGCGAAUGUUUGGAAGCCAUAAGGCCGUAGAGAUUGAACAGCAAAGAGUUAAAUCGGCCGGAUCUUGGAUUAUUCACCCUUACAGCGACUUCAGGUUCUACUGGGACCUGAUUAUGCUUCUCCUCAUGGGCGCCAACUUGAUUAUCCUUCCUGUUGGAAUCACUUUUUUCAAGGAUGAGAACACCCCUCCAUGGAUUGUGUUCAAUGUCCUCUCAGACACUUUUUUCCUGGCUGACCUGGUGCUGAAUUUCCGUACUGGGAUAGUUGUGGAGGACAACACUGAGAUUAUUCUGGACCCUCAUACCAUCAAGAUGAAGUAUCUCAAGAGUUGGUUUCUGGUGGAUUUUGUGUCCUCUAUCCCAGUGGAUUAUAUCUUUCUUAUAGUGGAUUUGGAGACACGUGUAGACUCAGAGGUAUACAAGACAGCGCGGGCCCUACGGAUUGUGAGGUUCACCAAGAUUCUUAGCCUCCUCAGACUUUUGCGUCUUUCCCGGCUGAUUCGCUAUAUCCACCAGUGGGAGGAGAUCUUCCACAUGACGUAUGACCUUGCCAGCGCGGUGGUGCGAAUAUUUAACCUUAUCGGAAUGAUGUUAUUGCUGUGCCACUGGGACGGCUGUUUGCAAUUCCUGGUGCCAAUGCUGCAAGACUUCCCAGAGGAUUGUUGGGUCUCCAUCAACCAAAUGGCGAACGAGUCCUGGGGAAAGCAAUAUUCUCAUGCUAUUUUCAAGGCCAUGAGUCACAUGCUUUGCAUCGGUUAUGGCCAACAAGCGCCUGAAGGAAUGACCGAUGUUUGGCUCACCAUGCUUAGUAUGAUCAUUGGGGCAACGUGCUAUGCCAUGUUUAUUGGCCAUGCCACGGCUCUCAUACAGUCUCUGGAUUCCUCUCGACGGCAAUACCAGGAGAAGUACAAACAAGUGGAGCAGUACAUGUCCUUCCAUAAACUCCCCCCAGACACACGCCAGAGGAUCCAUGAGUAUUAUGAGCAUCGCUACCAGGGGAAGAUGUUUGAUGAGGAGAACAUCCUGGGGGAGCUGAGUGAGCCCCUGAAAGAGGAGAUUGUCAACUUCAACUGCCGGAACCUUGUUGCAAACAUGCCACUCUUCGCCAACGCAGACCCAAAUUUUGUGACGGCCAUGUUAACCAAGUUGCGUUUCGAGGUCUUCCAACCUGGAGAUUACAUAAUUCGUGAGGGCACUGUGGGUAAAAAGAUGUAUUUUAUACAGCAUGGAGUGGUCAGUAUUCUCACCAGAGGCAGCAAGGAGACCAAACUAUCUGACGGCUCCUACUUCGGAGAAAUCUGCCUCCUUACCCGUGGGCGCCGGACAGCGAGCGUGAAAGCCGACACAUAUUGCCGUUUGUACUCUCUUUCUGUGGAUAAUUUUAAUGAAGUCCUGGAAGAAUAUCCCAUGAUGAGGCGAGCUUUUGAAACAGUGGCCAUGGAUCGCCUGGACAGGAUUGGCAAGAAGAACUCCAUCCUUUUACGUAAGAGGGCAGAGAACAGCACAGGAUCUGUGAACAAUGAGAUAAUUCAGCAGAUUGUGAAGCACGAUCGUGACAUGGCUCACAAUAUCCAGGAUAUUCAGUCCUUGGUGGACCCUAACAAGACUCUCAUCUGGGAGCCUCUUGUUCAUGCUCCAUUACAAACUGCAGCAGCCACCACCAACGUGGCCAUUGCACUGACUCACCAGCAGAACCUUCAAGCCAAUGUCUUUUUGCCACCAUCGCUCUCAGAGACAGCCUACAUGAGUCGCCAAGCCAGACGUUCUCAGCCAAGCCUACGAGGAUCCCAUCCCUCCUCUGUCAAUUCUCCCUCGGGGGCCCAGCCUAACCUGCAAACCCCAGCUGGUGUUUCUCCAUCUUCCCCUUCUGGAGUCCAUAAACAGAGUGUUAAUGGUCAGUGUCAGCAAAUCCCUGUACGGCUGAGCAAAUCACAGAGAGGGGAACCACAAACUGCAGCAAAGCCACCUGUUCUCCCAUCUCAGGUGCAGUUAUCUCGUUCACGUGGAACAUCGGCAUCCACCUCUGUCCUGCAGCAGGCGGUGGGACCCACAGGCUCCCCUGUAGUCCCAGGACAACGUUCUGGAAGGACUCUGCACUACAGCUUAUCUCGAGCCAGUGGCUCUCAUAUUUCUCUGCUGAUGCAGCAGGCAGCCAGUUCCCCUCAGCAGCUGGUCAAAUACAGGAGCAUACAGGGAAUUCCUUUUGGAAGACUUUCACAAGAUGUCCGACUUCUGUCAGCGUCUCAGCCUUCUCUGCCCAACAAGAUCACACACCAGCAGGAUGGUUCUAUGCUCCAAAUUGCAGCAGGGGCUGUCAGUAAUGAAUCCAGCCCCUCUGUAUCUACAAUGUUAGUCAGACCAUCAAUGUCAUCACCCUCAGCUCACCCACAGCAGCCGCCUUCAGGGUCUCUGGUCUUUUCUGGGUGGUCAGUCAGUGGCUCGGUCACCCCACAGUCUCCUGUAUCCACCCCAAGGCCGACUGGGCAAUUACGCAAGGGAUCUGUAGUGUUUAGCCCAGAUGUGGAAGCGAGUAAACCAAAAUUACCGUCUAAUAUGUAA